GCGCAGAACCGUGCCGGGGGGCGGGGCCUGGGCUCCUCUGGCCAGCGAGGAGGAGGAAGAACCCGGCAGCGUGCUGUGAGGGGCGGGACCGGCGGGCUGCGGAGGGUCGGCGGAGCGGCCGGGCCAUGCGUGCGGGUCGCGGCGCCGAGGCGCUUCUGCUGCUGCUCCUCCUGAGUGGCGUGGGGCAGACGGGCGGCUCCGAGGACAUCGUGGUGGGCUGCGGGGGCUUCGUCAAGUCGGACGUGGAGAUCAACUACUCGCUCAUUGAGAUAAAGUUGUACACCAAGCAUGGGACUUUGAAAUACCAGACGGACUGUGCUCCUAACAACGGCUACUUUAUGAUCCCCUUGUAUGAUAAGGGGGAUUUCAUCCUGAAGAUCGAGCCUCCCCUGGGCUGGAGUUUCGAGCCAACCAGUGUGGAGCUGCAUGUGGAUGGUGUGAGCGACAUUUGCACAAAGGGCGGGGACGUCAACUUUGUGUUCACCGGCUUCUCUGUGAAUGGAAAGGUCCUCAGCAAAGGGCAGCCCUUGGGCCCUGCAGGAGUUCAGGUAUCUCUGAGAAGCACAGGCACUGAUGCGAAGAUCCAGUCUACGGUCACACAGCCUGGUGGAAAGUUUGCAUUUUUUAAAGUUCUUCCUGGAGAUUAUGAAAUCCUCGCUACUCAUCCGACCUGGGCGCUGAAGGAGGCGAGCACCACAGUGCGUGUGACCAACUCCAAUGCUAAUGCUGCUGGUCCUCUUGUAGUGGCUGGCUACAAUGUAUCUGGCUCUGUCAGAAGUGAUGGGGAGCCCAUGAAAGGGGUGAAGUUUCUUCUCUUCUCUUCUUUAGUGACCAAAGAGGAUGUCCUGGGCUGCAAUGUGUCCCCAGUGCCUGGGUUCCAGCCCCAGGAUGAGAGCUUGUUGUAUCUGUGCUACACGGUCUCCAAAGAAGAUGGCUCGUUCUCCUUCUAUUCCUUGCCGAGUGGGGGCUACACUGUGGUUCCGUUCUACAGAGGAGAGAGGAUCACAUUUGACGUGGCACCUUCCAGGCUUGACUUCACCGUGGAGCAUGACAGCGUAAGAAUCGAGCCUGUGUUCCAUGUCAUGGGGUUCUCGGUCACUGGGAGGGUCCUGAAUGGACCUGAAGGAGAAGGCGUCCCCGAGGCCAUGGUCACCCUGAACAACCAGAUCAAAGUCAAAACGAAAGCAGACGGCUCCUUCCGCCUGGAGAACAUUACAACGGGCACGUACACCAUCCAUGCUCAGAAGGAGCACCUCUACUUCGAGACGGUUACCAUCAAGAUUGCACCCAACACCCCGCAGCUUGCUGACCUCAUUGCCACAGGUUUCAGCGUCUGUGGCCAGAUAUCCAUCAUCCGCUCUCCUGACACCGGCAAGCCGAUGAGCAGAUACAAGGUGGUCCUGUCUUCUCAAGACAAGGACAAGUCUCUGGCCACUGUGGAGACAGAUGUUCACGGAUCAUUUUGCUUUAAAGCAAAACCAGGGAUCUACAAAGUCCAGGUAGUAGUGCCUGAGGCUGAGACCAGAGCUGGGCUGAUGCUGAAACCACAGAUGUUUCCUCUAACUGUGACCGACAGACCUGUGAUGGAUGUGACCUUUGUGCAGUUUUUGGCUUCCGUCUCUGGGAAAGUCUCCUGUUUGGACACCUGUGGGGACCUGCUGGUGAUGCUGCAGUCUCUGAGCCGCCAGAGUGAGAAGCGCAGCCUCCAGCUCUCUGGCACAGUCAACUCUAUGACCUUCACGUUUGACAGUGUGCUGCCUGGGAAGUACAAAAUAAGCAUUGUGCAUGAGGAUUGGUGCUGGAGGAACAAGAGUCUGGAGGUGGAAGUUCUGGAGGACGACGUGUCUGCAGUGGAGUUCCGGCAGACGGGCUACAUGCUGCGCUGCUCUCUCUCACAUGCCAUCACUCUGGAGUUUCAUCAGGAUGGAAAUGGACCGGAGAAUGUGGGGAUCUACAACCUCUCCAGAGGAGUCAACCGCUUCUGCUUGUCCAAGCCGGGUGUGUACAAAGUGACCCCUCGCUCCUGCCACCGGUUUGAGCAAGCCUUCUACACCUAUGACACGUCUUCACCUAGUAUCUUGACAUUGACAGCCAUCCGCCACCAUGUCCUUGGAACCAUCACCACUGACAGGAUGAUGGAUGUCACGGUGACUAUCAAGUCUUCCAUAGACAGUGAGCCAGCCUUGGUCUUGGGCCCUCUCAAGUCUGCACAGGAGCUGAGGAGGGAACAGCAGUUGGCAGAGAUUGAGACCCGCAGGCAGGAGAGGGAGAAGAAUGGCAAAGAAGAGGGCGAGGAAGGCAGGACCAAACCUCCUGGGCAAGAGAUGGUAGAUGAGCUACAGGGCCCCUUCUCCUAUGACUUCUCCUACUGGGCCCGAUCUGGAGAGAAAAUCACCGUUACACCCUCAUCUAAAGAGCUGCUCUUUUAUCCCCCAUCCAUGGAAGCCACCGUCAGCGGAGAAAGCUGCCCAGGAAAGUUGAUUGAGAUUCAUGGGAAGGCAGGCUUGUUUCUGGAAGGCCAGAUCCAUCCAGAGCUAGAGGGAGUAGAGAUCAUCAUCAGCGAGAAGGGAGCGAGUUCACCUCUGAUCACAGUCUUCACUGAUGACAAAGGUGCCUACAGUGUUGGUCCUUUGCACAGUGACCUGGAGUACACCGUGACCUCACAGAAGGAGGGCUAUGUGCUGACUGCAGUGGAGGGAACUGUGGGAGACUUCAAGGCUUAUGCGUUGGCUGGAGUGAGCUUUGAGAUAAAAGCUGAAGAUGACCAACCCCUCCCAGGAGUCCUCCUGUCUCUCAGCGGUGGUGUGUUUCGUUCCAACCUCUUGACACAAGACAAUGGCGUUUUGACUUUCUCAAACCUGAGCCCUGGCCAGUACUACUUCAAGCCGAUGAUGAAGGAGUUCCGUUUUGAGCCAUCCUCACAGAUGAUUGAGGUGCAGGAGGGGCAGAACUUGAGGAUCACCAUCACUGGGUAUCGAACAGCCUACAGCUGCUAUGGCACAGUGUCAUCUUUAAAUGGAGAACCAGAGCAGGGUGUUGCAGUGGAAGCAGUGGGACAGAAAGACUGUAGCAUCUAUGGAGAAGAUACUGUGACAGACGAAGAGGGGAGAUUCCGGUUACGUGGACUGCUGCCAGGGUGCAUGUACCACGUGCAGCUCAAGGCAGAAGGCAAUGACCACAUCGAGCGAGCGCUGCCCCACCAUCGGGUGAUAGAGGUGGGGAACAAUGAUGUUGAUGACAUAAACAUCAUAGUUUUUCGGCAGAUCAACCAGUUUGAUUUAAGUGGAAAUGUGAUCACCUCCUCUGAGUAUCUUUCUACCUUAUGGGUGAAGUUGUACAAAAGUGAGAAUCUUGACAACCCGAUCCAGACAGUCUCACUGGGCCAGUCGCUCUUCUUCCAUUUCCCACCACUGCUCCGUGAUGGCGAGAACUACGUUGUGCUCCUGGACUCCACGCUCCCCAGAUCCCAGUACGACUACGUCCUGCCCCAAGUGUCUUUCACUGCAGUGGGCUACCACAAACACAUCACCCUGAUUUUCAGUCCCACGAGGAAGCUACCUGAGCAAGACAUUGCACAAGGAUCGUACAUCGCUCUUCCCCUCACGCUGCUGCUCCUGUUGGCUGGCUACAACCAUGACAAGCUCAUUCCCUUGUUGAUGCAGCUGACGAGUCGGCUACAGGGAGUCCGAACCCUUGGCCAGGCCGCCUCUGACAGUAGCGGUCCAGAGGACAUGAAGAGACAAGCUAAGAAACAGAAGACCAGGCGUACGUGAGCAGGAAAGAGGCCUGUCUUCUGUGAACGGCACAGUCAGGGCCGCCACCUGCCCGGGAUAAUGACACUCGUCUGUUCACUUCAGUGCCCUGGGCCCUUUAACCCCUCUGUUGGUGUCCUGCCUGUUCCUCCCCUCUAGGUGGCCCUGUGGUGCAAUGCGACGAAUGGACCCUCCUGUCACUCUGCUGAACACAGUUUAUUUUCUGAAUUGAAGAUAAUUUAUUAUUAUUAUUUUUGUCAGAGAAGUAUUUAAGCCGAGCUGGUGGCCUGAGAAUGUUAACUCCCAAUCUUCCACAUUCAUUUACAAGAAGAAUCCACUAAAGUGACCUUGGGCCCCGUGGUGAAGUACCCUCUGGACUUUGCCAUGACCUCCCCCAGGCACUCACGUCCCUGCUGGAAGCUGCAGAGGCCUCUCCCACCCCGGAAGGAUCUGCCAUGAGCUAAAAUCAAUAAAGUCGCCCACUUGUUUGUGUUGUA